AUUGGAUCCUUAUCUGUGACGUCACGGAGAGCGACGGAGCGGCAUGUGACGUUUUUAACGUGGGACGGACAGGAGGCGUCGUCGAGGGUGCGUUUGCGGGAAGAAGCAGAAGCGAGCGGAGGAGCGUCUGGAGAGCUUCGUCAGGCUGAGUUCAGGUGUGAUCCACUAUGUCUUUAGCAGAUGAGCUUUUGGCUGACCUUGAGGAAGCAGCAGAGGAAGAAGAUGGCAGCUUUGCAGAUGAGGAGGACGAGCCUCCCAUUGAGGAUGUCCAGGAGGAGAUGCAGCUGGAUCUGGCAACCGAUUCAGUAAAGAGCAUUGCCAAGCUAUGGGACAGCAAAAUGUUUGCUGACAUCAUGCUGAAGAUAGAAGAAUACAUUAGCAAGCAACCCAAAGCAUCUGAAGUUCUAGGCCCAGUGGAGGCUGCACCUGAAUACAGGGUUAUUGUGGAUGCCAACAACCUCACAGUGGAGAUUGAAAAUGAGCUCAACAUUAUUCACAAGUUUAUUCGAGACAAAUACUCAAAGCGAUUUCCAGAACUGGAAUCCCUUGUUCCCAAUGCCCUGGAUUACAUUCGGACUGUUAAGGAACUAGGCAAUAGCUUGGACAAAUGCAAGAACAAUGAGAAUCUUCAACAGAUCCUUACAAAUGCCACAAUUAUGGUGGUCAGUGUUACAGCAUCUACUACUCAAGGACAACAGUUAACUGAAGAAGAACUAGAACGCAUUGAGGAGGCCUGUGACAUGGCCCUGGAGCUGAAUCAGUCCAAACACCGCAUCUAUGAGUAUGUGGAGUCCCGUAUGUCCUUCAUUGCCCCCAACCUCUCCAUCAUUGUGGGAGCUUCCACUGCUGCUAAGAUCAUGGGCAUUGCUGGUGGCCUCACAAAUCUGUCUAAGAUGCCAGCCUGCAAUAUCAUGCUUCUGGGUGCCCAAAGAAAGACCCUGUCUGGCUUUUCCAGUACCUCAGUACUGCCUCACACUGGCUAUAUCUAUCAUAGUGACAUUGUGCAGUCAUUGCCUCCGGAUCUGCGGAGGAAGGCAGCUCGGUUGGUAGCAGCAAAAUGCACACUGGCAGCACGUGUGGACAGCUUCCAUGAGAGCCCAGAAGGAAAGGUUGGUUAUGAUUUGAAGGAGGAAAUUGAAAGGAAGUUUGACAAAUGGCAAGAGCCACCUCCUGUGAAGCAAGUGAAGCCACUGCCAGCACCUUUGGAUGGACAAAGGAAGAAGCGUGGAGGGCGCAGGUAUCGUAAAAUGAAAGAGCGUCUAGGCCUGACAGAAAUCCGGAAGCAGGCAAACCGCAUGAGCUUUGGAGAGAUUGAAGAGGAUGCUUACCAAGAAGACCUUGGAUUUAGCCUGGGCCAUCUGGGCAAAUCAGGUAGCGGCCGUGUCCGUCAGACACAAGUCAAUGAGGCAACGAAGGCACGCAUCUCGAAGACCUUGCAGCGCACACUCCAGAAGCAAAGCAUGGUGUAUGGAGGGAAGUCGACCAUCCGGGACCGCUCCUCAGGCACUGCAUCCAGUGUGGCCUUCACUCCACUGCAGGGUCUGGAGAUUGUGAACCCACAGGCAGCUGAGAAGAAGGUAGCUGAAGCCAACCAGAAGUAUUUCUCCAGCAUGGCUGAAUUCUUAAAGGUGAAGAGCGAGAAGAGUGGCAUCAUGUCCACCUCGUAAGACAUUAAACCCUCUCAACUGGAAUCCCAAUAUUAAUUGGAGACAGAAGGAUCUGUGCUGGAGUUCCCAAGAUGUUUGACUUGAGAAUUUAGCACUGACUGGUUCUUUCCUGGACCUGUUUGGUAUCAUUUUCCUCUUUAUGUUACUUGAGCAGUGUCAUCAACAACAGAGAGCCUACUGUUCUGUGUAUGUGAGUACAUAAUAGAGGAAACGAGUUUUCUUGCAAGGUUUUCAUGCCAUGAUGAAAAACAGGAUAGUUAAAUAGUAUGAACUAAGUUGAAUUGUGACCUUUGCAGCAACAUUCUGGACCAUUCUGUGUUCCAUCCCCUUGAUUACUUAAAUUAAAGCCAGAGAUGUACAAACAACUCUCUGUAUUUACAAGGAACACUUUGCAGAUUGCACCGCACAUAACUCCCAUGUUUGUUGGUUUAGGACUAGUUUCAAGAUAUGGCAGGGCAGGAUUUUUCAAUAAAUAACACAUCCUUCUUCAGGUUGAUUUUGUCCAGAUCUACUGGACUAUAAUUCCUAUCAUCCCUAGCCAGCAUGUGUCUGAUUUGGAAAAGGUCCAAUGUCAACCUUUUUGCAGAGAAAUUGGUAUUUUGAACUGAAAUGAUUAGCUUCAAGAGGAGUCUGUGGGAAAGAUAGAAUGAGUAGUUACGCUACUAUGGAGCAGUGAUGAGUAUAAGAAUGACUGUUUAGGGAAAUUGUAGGUAAACUGAAUUCCAUUUCUCAGUUAAGAAGGGAAUGGCUACUUAAGAGAACCAUGGAGAGUUUUUAAUGUGAUUGGGAAAGCUAUAGGGGUUAAAGAAAAAGGCAUGCCUUUCCUUCUGUGUUAGAGAAUAACAAAGUGACCAAGUGUGGGAUAUUCCAUGGAUAAGAGUGAUAGAUAUGUGGAUAUGGAUAGAGUGGAUAAGGUAUGUGAGUGUAUGUUUGUGAUUGAGAGAGUUAUGCAUACAAAUGGAGGGGUCUGAAAGAAAUAAUAAUCAUCUUGAGAGUAAAUCAGUUCUGGGGGGCUACUUUGCCUACAGACUGAAUGUUUUGGUUUCUCCUUCUGGACUAGAAAUGAUAAAUUCCUGAAUGAAAUAAAAUUAAAUCUAGACUCUCUGCAGAGUGAGAAGGGUAAGUUGUAUUGUAACAGUGUGGCCUGAGGUUUGUCUUUGACCUGUGUAUUUUGGGAGAAAUACAACUUCUUUGAAACCUU